CUUUAUUUUUGAAACCUUUUAAUUUUUCUUACGAUAUACACAUAAAACGAUCAUACAGACAUGACACCAGCACAAGUGAACAGUGUGGACUUUGCGACACGGACGUCCGAUAUUGGCGCCAAUGUUGAUGUGGCAGCGUCGCAGUUUGACACAAUUGAGUCAGCUUUAGAGGCAAUUCGAUCCGGCCAAGGAGUGGUGGUAAUGGAUAACGAGGACCGCGAGAACGAGGGGGAUCUGAUAUUCGCUGCAGAAAAAGCCACACCAUCCCUACUGGCAUUUACGAUCCGGUACAGCAGCGGGUACAUCUGCGUAGGGAUGGAUCCCGACCGACUAGAUGAGCUCGACCUUCCACUGAUGGUCAAGAACAACACGGAUCCGCUGCGCACACAGUACACUGUGACGGUGGAUGCAGCCCUGGGGAUCACAACGGGUAUUUCAGCGCACGAUCGCAGCAGAACGAUCCAGGUUCUGGGAGACUUUACGAAUAAGGAUCCGUUGUCUUUGAGACGGCCCGGGCAUGUGCUGCCGCUGAGGGCGCGGAAGGGCGGCGUGGUUGAGAGAGGCGGGCAUACGGAAGCGGCGGUGGAUUUGACUAGACUGGCAGGUAUGAAUCCGGCUGGUGUGCUGUGUGAGCUGAUGAACGAUGAUGGAACGAUGAAGCGGAGGGGUGACUGCAUGGCGUUUGCCAGGGAGCACGGGCUAAAGAUCAUUACGAUCAACGACCUGGUCGCAUACCGCAAGACACAUGGCGUCUAGAAGAGAAACAACUGUGACUAGUUUCAUAUAUUAAUGAGGUUUAUUUGUUGAGAGAAAAUCAAAUGCUAUUCCCCACAAGCAAGAACAAACGAUGGAUCGAGCGGUGCAUAUGUGGACCGAGCAUGUGCGAUAAAAAAUGCGAGGCAUGAUUGAUAUUUGACUUACUAUGAGCACGCAUUAUUCCAAACCCGUUCUUGUUCGGUCGGUCCAGAGCAUCCAGGCGGCAGACCUGCUGCCGGCCAACGCAGGGCGGGCGUCGCGGGUGCACGCGCUGAUCAACGCACUAGGGCUGAAGGACAGCGUGCAGAUUGAGGCGGCGCGGGCGGCUACGGACGAAGAGCUGUGCAUGUUCCACUCGGCAGAGUACGUGCGCGCCGUAUGCUACG